GAGGUCAGCGUUGUCCGAAGCUUCCCUCUCUUGUGUUGACUUUUGUGCCGUGCUCGUCGCUACUGGCAACUGCAUUGAUCGAACUUCAACAUGUUGUCCUCCGUGAGCUGCUUACUGGUCGCAGCGACUGUCGUGUCGGCGCAGAGUGGUUAUGGCGGUGCGACAACUGCGCCGUAUCCGGAAUUCUCAGGCGAUGCGUUCAAGGCAUAUACCAUCAGCGCAGAGGGCAUCAAUGCGACCUUCAUUCCCUACGGAGCGCGCUUGACACAUCUCUACGUUCCCGACAAGAACGGAAACCCGCAGGACGUUGCUGUCGGCUACGAUGAAGGUGCCCGCUAUCUGGAAGACUCCGAGACCAACCACACUUUCUUUGGAUGCAUCGUAGGACGUUAUGCCAACCGCAUCAAGAACGGCACCUUCACCCUCGACGGCGAGACUUCCGAUAUCCCCAAGAAUGAGCACGACGGGAUCAACACAUUACACGGUGGCGAUGUUGGAUAUGACCAGCGCAACUGGACAGUCGUCAGCCAUACAAACAACAGCAUUACAUUCAGCUUCUACGACGCUGGUCUGGAAGGCUUCCCGGGUGAUGUGCUCAACGUUGCUACAUACACUCUCGAGGACGACCGAUCUUGGACCUCGCGCCUCGUCUCGAUCCCGAUCAACGAUGCCACACCCAUCAUGCUUUCCAAUCAUGUCUAUUGGAACUUGGGCGCUUACGUCAAUGAGGACGCAAAGACAAUUUUGAACGAUACACUUGAGCUGCCAUACGCCAAGCGCUACAUCCAAACAGAUGGCAUUCUGAUUCCAAAUGGCAGCAUUGGUCUUACAGAAGGCACAGGUCUCGACUUCACAAAGCCUGGAACUGUUAUUGGCGACAACAUUCCAAACACCGAGGGCGCGUGCGGAACUGGCUGCACGGGAGUCGACAAUGCGUUCAUCACUGAUCGCUCACCAUAUGCUUCACAGAAAGAUCCGAGCCUCGAAGUGCUCAAGCUUUGGUCGCCAGCAACGGGAAUUCAAUUGGCCGUCGAGACAGACCAGAAUGGUGUCCAAAUUUACACCUGCAACGGACAGAACGGAACCAUUCCAGUCAAGCAGAGCCAGCAGCAUAUCGAAGGCAGCACAACUUAUGUCGAGAAGUACGGCUGCAUUGUGAUUGAGACACAAGAUUGGAUCGACGGCGUCAACAACCCAGCAUGGGGCCGCCAGGAAUACCAGAUUGGUUCCUCCACCACGCCUCCGAUCGUCAACUACGCCAAAUUCAAGUUUAGCGUUGUCGAUAACUAGUAUGUACAUCGCGGAAAAGAGCAUGAAGUCCACGAAGUAACGGCAGAAUGUAUAGUCAAGAUCAGAAGAGCGAGUUGUGAUAGCAAGAUAUUUCCCGUGAAACCGAAUAACUCGAAGCAAUGCAUAUUUACAGUGCAGACUGCCCUCUGAAUCGUUUCCGCUGCCCAUCUGACGUUCUGGUCAAUGUCUCGACUUCUCGCUGUCUCGUACGGCUUACUCGAGCGGAGACGAGAGCAGUAUGUCGUCAGUACACGCGACCAUUCGGUGGCCGAAUCCUUGCAUCUGAAACAGCAUGUCAUGCAAUAGCAAGGAAUACGAAGCCUCACGCCAAGACCCAGGCCAACUGUCAA